ACAAAAUGGCGAACGUCAGAAUGAAAUGGAUUGUGUGUUGCACAUUUUUACUUUCUAUUUUAGUCACCUCGUCAUCGGCUCAGACAGACUACAAUGUGGGAAUCGGAAUCGCAGACAUUACUGGUCCUGCAGCGGAGGUUAACAUGAUGGGCUAUGCAAAUCCUGCCCAGACCAGCAGAGGAAUCCACCUGAGACAGUUUAGCAGAGCUUUUAUAUUUGAGGACAACAACAAAAACAGAGUCGUCUUCAUAAACAUUGAUGCCUGCAUGUUUUCUGCUGGAGUGAAACUGGAGAUCAUAAGGCAACUGAAGGUCAAUUAUGGAGGCAAGUACACAGAGAGGAAUGUGUGUAUCAGUGGCACCCACACCCAUUCUGGACCUGCGGGCUUCCACCAGUACCUGCUGUUUGACAUCACAUCUAUGGGCUUUGUCAGAGAAUCAUUUGAUGCAUUGGUGGAGGGUAUAAUCAAGAGUAUUGAUAGAGCCGAGAGCAAAAUACGGCCGGCCAACCUGUUUGUGAACUCUGGGGAGCUGCUUGAAUCCAACAUCAACCGAAGCCCUUCAGCCUACCUAUUUAACCCGGCUGAGGAGAGAGCCAAGUACAAGUAUGAUACUGACAAGGAGAUGACUGUACUAAGGAUCGUGGAUGCCGAGGGAAAACCGUUUGGCAUGAUCAGCUGGUUUGCAGUCCACUGUACGAGCAUGAACAACACCAACAGACUUAUCAGCAGCGACAACAAGGGCCUGGCAGAACUCAUGUUUGAGGCUGAGAUGAAUGGGGAACAUGUCCUACCUGGCAAGGGAGAUUUUGUGGCAGCGUUUGCCCAGGCCAAUGAAGGGGAUGUUUCACCCAACACACAGGGUCCACACUGCCUGGACACCGGCCUAAGAUGUGACUUCAACAAGAGCACGUGCAAUGGUCGGAAUGAGAUGUGUGUUGCGUUUGGCCCUGGCAAGGAUAUGUUUGACAGUACACGGAUCAUUGCUACCUACCAGUUCCAGAAGGCAAAAGAAUUGUUUGACAGUGCCUUUACCAAGCUUACUGGGCCCGUCGACUUCAGACACACGUACACAAACAUGACCGACCAGACCCUCCCAGACGGCAAGCGAACCUGUAAGGGAGCCAUGGGAUACAGCUUUGCAGCUGGGACUACUGAUGGGCCUGGGGCAUUCAACUUUGCACAGAGUACAACGUCACCGUCCCCUGUGUGGAACUUUGUCUCCCACCUCCUGAAGAAUCCUUCCAAGGCACAAAUAGAGUGUCACCAUCCUAAACCCAUCCUGCUGGACACUGGAGAGAUGGACUUUCCCUAUGCCUGGGAACCUGCUGUGGUUGAUACCCAGAUAUUGAGGAUUGGACAGAUGUUCCUCAUCGCUGUACCUGCUGAAUUCACGACAAUGUCUGGAAGACGAACAAGAGACGCUGUGGUAGAGAGCCUGAAGUCAGCCGGCCUUCAGGUUGAGCCAAUCCCCAUCAUUGCUGGGCUCUCCAACGACUAUGCUGACUACGUCACCACAUUUGAGGAAUACCAGGAGCAGCGUUAUGAAGGAGGCUCAACAAUCUAUGGCCCUCAUACUCUUGAGGCAUAUAUCAAUGUUUUUAGGAACCUGUCAAAGGCCUUGGUCAGCGGCAGCCCUGUAGCUCCCGGGCCUAACCCGCCAGAUCUGGUAUCCAAGCAAGUGAGCUUCCUGCCGCCCGUGAUUCUGGACCGGGCUCCACUGGGAAAGUCCUAUGCCCAAGUCACCCAGCAACCCAAGGCAGCCUACAUGCCUGGAGACAGGGUCGAAGUGAAGUUUGUUGGUGCUAAUCCUAGAAAUAAUCUGAGGUUGGAGGAAACAUUUCUAAAGGUGGAUUACAUGGUGAACAGUACCGCCUGGGAGACCGUCUACACUGACGCACACUGGCAAACACAAUUUCACUGGGAGUCUGCCGCAUUCUUCGAGAGUGUAGUGACAAUCUACUGGGACAUUCCUUCUUACCAGAAGCCUGGAAUGUACCGCGUGUCGUACUUCUGUGACCACAAGGAACUCGGCGGAGGGAUACAAUCUGCGCAGGGCACCAGUAGCACAUUCAAAGUCACAAACUCUCAGGAAAAGAUGGCGAUGUUGAACAAGAAGUGGGAGAAAAAGAAGACGAUUUUAGAGAGGAUUAACAAAGCUUUGAAGGGCAAAGAAAGUAAAAGUGCCCAGUUGACCAAUCUUGUCAAACCAAAGUAGAUUUUUAAAAUCUACUUAAAUUAAAUCCGAAAAAAAUAUUCAGGUUAUUUAUGUGCAAUACUUCAGCGAAAUACAUUCCGCAUUCAUUUGACAUUCCAUAAAGUUAUAAUGUGCCAUAUAAUAUACAUGUAACUAGUUUCUUCUUGUACAAAAAGCGAAGAACGACUAGUGCUUGAACAAAAAUAUCUGUGAUAUUUGUUUGUUAUGCACACUUUGAUUUCCCCUUUUCUUGAUAUACCUUCAGUGCUAUGUAUUAUUUUAACGGAAUAGUUAUUUAACUUUUGCAAUAAAUAAGUCAUUUCUGGAA